AUGGCAAGAAAAAGUGUUGCUAUCAUUGGAGCAGGUGUUUCAGGACUUGCAGCUGGAAAAGUUCUUUUAGAAGAUGGUUUUGAUAUUACUAUAUUUGAUCGACAUAAAACAUUAGGUGGUAUUUGGUCUCCAGAUUGGGCGUAUGUUCAUCAACAUACUCAAACAAUAGCAAAUUUAAUGGAAUUUUCUAAUCUACAUGAUACAGAAGCUAUGGAUUGUGCUCCAUGGGAAAAUAUUCAUAAUUAUCUAAAACGAUAUGCUGAUAAAUUUCAUCUUAUUGAACGAAUUCGAUUUGAAACAAAAAUUAUAUUAAUUGAUAAAAAUGAUUUAAAAAAUGGGAAUCUUCCUUGGAUUGUUAAAAUUGAAACAGCUAGUGGUGAUCAUGAAACAUUACAAUUCGAUUUAGUUGUUGUAGCUACUGGUCUUUUUUCUACACCAGAAGAGCCAAAUUUUCGUGGUCAAAAUAACUUCGC